AAGAAAUGGAAUACAGAAAAAUCUAAGCUUUAUGCUCUCCGCCAUCAUAAACUGAACAAAAAUUGGAGGGCUCGAGCUCAAUGGCGAUCCACCCAAAAUCGAAAUUAGCAAAGUCCAGAUCUUCAAUCUUCAUACUCACAGCUUCGAUCGCGUGCAUUGCAGUGCUGUACCUCGUGGCUUGCCUAGUUUCGGCACCCGCCAGCAUACAGAAUAUCGUGCCCCCCAAUCGCCACACUUUGCACGACAAGUACUUGUAUUGGGGGAGCAGAAUUGACUGCCCCGGAAAGCACUGCGAUUCCUGCGAGGGUUUAGGUCACCAAGAGUCCAGCCUUAGGUGUGCCCUUGAGGAAGCAUUGUUUCUCGGCAGGACCUUUGUAAUGCCUUCCAGGUUGUGUAUAAAUCCAAUACACAAUAAGAAAGGAAUUCUCCAUCAAUCUGGAAAUAUGGUUUCUGAGGAAGGGUGGGCAGCUAACUCUUGUGCUAUGGAUUCUCUGUAUGAUCUUGAUUUCAUGUCCAACACGGUGCCUGUGAUUUUAGAUAAUUCAAAGACAUGGCACCAUGUCCUUACUACAAGCAUGAAACUGGGAUCCAGAGGGAUAGCACACGUGGAAGGAAUUAGUCGAACUGAUCUCAAACACAAAAAAAAUUAUUCAAAUCUUUUACUCAUAAAUCGAACUGCCAGUCCUCUCUCAUGGUUCAUGGAAUGCAAGGAUCGAAACAACCGCAGUUCUAUUAUGUUGCCGUAUUCCUUUCUUCCAUCAAUGGCUGCAAAGAAGCUACGAGAUGCUGCGGAAAAGAUAAAGGCACAUCUUGGAGAUUAUGAUGCUAUUCAUGUCCGGCGAGGUGAUAAAAUAAAAACUAGGAAGGACAGAUUUGGGGUUGAUCGAACCCUACACCCUCAUCUUGACAGAGAUACACGUCCUGAGUUCAUUCUUUGUAGAAUUUCCAAAUGGGUUCCCCCGGGUAGAACUCUCUUCAUUGCAUCCAAUGAGAGGACUCCCGGAUUCUUUUCACCUUUAUCUGCGAGGUACAAAUUGGCCUAUUCAUCAAACUACAGCGGUCUUUUGGAUCCCAUAAUUGAGAACAAUUACCAACUGUUCAUGGUGGAGAGGCUUAUUAUGACGGGAGCCAGAAAGUUCAUUCGAACAUACAAGGAAGACGAUACGGAUCUCAGUCUGACAGAUGAUCCCAAAAAGAACACCAAAAUAUGGCAAAUACCUGUUUAUAGCUGGGAAGAAGGGGAAGGAGAGAACUGCUGACCAUAAUUCUCAAUUUUUUUUGUCACUCUUUGUUAUUUCAAGAAUGUUUGUGCUGUUAAUUUUUUCAUUAUUUUGUUGAUACUUGCAAACUAUUUGAAAAAUGUUACAGUAUUCUGUAUCUAUAAAUUUUGGUUCCUGUAA